UCUCCUUCUCUUACAAGGUGCAAUGUUGGGACUUCCAUGCCCAAACUGCCAGGGACUUCACUAAGUCAAGACCCUGUGACUUCACUAAGGGGUGGCAGGGAAGAGGAACAUCUGGUUGGGAUGGUAAUGUUAAAAGUACCUGGAAACAGACCUGCCAUUUACUAAGAAGAGAGCUGAUGCCGAGCCCUGAAGAGAUCUCAGGAAAUUAACGGAACUGUGCUGACGAUAGAGGAAACAGUUUUUAAGACUGCUUAGAAUGAAGGCUGCCUGAGGAGUUAGAGGAGGUAGUGGAAUUAAGUUUGCGUCCUACCCCUCUAAAAGGGAUUGGCAGAAGGGAGCCCUGUAGAGCAUGAGAUAAAGUUGAACAGAAACUGGAUGGCUUCUACACGGAGCCAGGCCUCGGAUAUAGACAAGAUUUGGGGGUUCUUCAGUGAUGGCGCACCUCCCACCAAAAAGCCCAGGAAGCUGCUCCCAAGCCUGAAAACGAAGAAGCCUCGGGAGCUCGUGCUGGUGAUUGGAACAGGCAUCAGUGCUGCGGUCGCACCCCAGGUCCCAGCCCUGAAAUCCUGGAAGGGGUUGAUUCAGGCCUUACUGGAUGCGGCCAUUGAUUUUGACCUUCUAGAAGAUGAGGAGAGCAAAAAAUUUCAGAAAUGUCUCCACGAAGACAAGAACCUGGUCCAUGUUGCCCACGACCUCAUCCAGAAACUCUCUCCUCGUACUAGUAAUGUUCGAUCCACAUUUUUCAAGGACUGUUUAUAUGAAGUAUUUGAUGACUUAGAGUCAAAGAUGGAAGAUUCUGGUAAACAGCUGCUUCAGUCAGUUCUCCACCUGAUGGAAAAUGGAGCCCUGGUGUUAACUACAAAUUUUGACAAUCUCCUGGAACUCUAUGCAGCAGAUCAGGGGAAACAACUUGAAUCCCUUGACCUUACUGAUGAGAAGAAGGUCCUCGAGUGGGCUCAGGAGAAGCGGAAGCUGAGCGUCUUACACAUUCAUGGGGUCUACACCAACCCUAGUGGCAUUGUCCUUCACCCAGCUGGGUAUCAGAAUGUGCUCAGGAACACUGAAGUUAUGAGAGAGAUUCAGAAGCUCUAUGAAAACAAGUCGUUCCUUUUCCUGGGCUGUGGCUGGACUGUGGAUGACACCACUUUCCAAGCCCUUUUUCUGGAGGCUGUCAAGCACAAAUCUGACUUAGAACAUUUCAUGCUGGUUCGGAGAGGAGAUGUGGACGAGUUCAAGAAGCUUCGAGAAAACAUGCUGGACAAAGGGAUUAAGGUCAUCUCCUAUGGAAAUGAAUAUGCUGACCUUCCAGAAUACUUCAAGCGACUGACAUGUGAGAUCUCCACAAGGGGAAGGUCAGCAGGGAUGGUAAGAGAAGGCCAGCUAAAUGGGUCAGAAGGCCAGCUAAAUGGCUCAUCGACAGCACACAGUGAAAUGAGAGACUGUAGUACAUGAGAGGGCUAGAGGAAUCACCACCAUUAGACCAAGCUGUAAGGGCCUACCGUGGACGGUGUUUAACAAGUAAACUCACAAGAACCCAAAGCAGCUCCUAGGAAGUACCAGACGCAGAGGCUGAAGGCCGGGGUUGGUGGGCGGGUGUCGCAGCGUAUCCCUUCGUGCUGCGCCGGCUGGUUCCUGAUCCUCCGCGGCCUGUUCCAGUUCAAUACCCAAGUGACAAGGGACCCGGAAGUCGCCCUGCCCCACCCCCAGGCUGGACAGGCCUGUGUCCACACGGCAGAUCCACGGGACAUCUCUACUGACUAUGGCCACAGCUCUGCAUGAAGGACUCGGGAUCUAGAUGCCACGGGAUCGCCGCGGCCCUUGUUGCAGUUUUGUACUCUAUACUUGGUUUUUCAAUUAAGCUUAAUGGCUUUUUUAAAACAUGGCUUGAAGCUCUAGUUUUCUAGAUCUUUUACAGUGUACAGUAUUUUACAUAAUUGAGCUGUAUUAAAAGCUUGUUCAUUUA